GCUGAUAACAUCGAAGGACCUUGGAGGGCCUUACUCAAAACCCUACCACAAAUGGGCUCCGUCGCCUAGUGUUUACCCUAUCAAGCCUUUUCGACCGACCGUGAUACAGACUCGCAUGUGGUGUUUUCUCAACAUCAGCACACACCAAAUCUAAGCAUUUCCAUCAUUGCACAGUUGACGCUUGAAGGUCGGAGAAAAUGGCAGCAAUUCCAUCCAGCGGCUCCCUCAUCGCCACUCAUGAUUACUACCGAAGACGCAUAGGAUCCACAUCCAGCAACAGCUCCUGUGGCAGUUCGGAGUACACGGGAGAAGUCAUUCCACACCCCCCAGGUUUGUCCAGGCAAGACUCUGGCCACUGGUGGUCCACUUUCUUUUUUGGGAAACAGAACCAACCGGGCACGCUCAACGGAUCUGAUCCCCAGCAGAAGACUGGAAGCUACACGGUGGUAAACGGUCAGGUGACCUGUGUCGCCAGGGAGAUGGUACUGAAGAGGCAGAUGAGUGAGAGUAGUGACUCUGGGAAGAAUGAGCCUGGGAUCCCAACUCCCUCAUAGGCUCCGCCCAUCGUUACAUCGGUGUCAUCUCGGGGGGUCACCAGUGUCAAACACAGGCGACGGAGUUACCAUUCUAGUGUUUUCCUUUUUCUUCUACGUUUUGUUUCUUGUAGUAGAAAUGGGCUGCUUUAAAUGUGUGUUUAUAUUAUUACUCUUUUUUUUUUAUCAAUGACCAAAACAUUUCCUGAUAGAACGAAAACAAUUUCCAUAUGGCUUCACAAGUGUAGCGAAAAAAGAUCAGUUAAAAUGAGCAUUUUUUUUUUGCCAUACUUUUAUGCUGUUGAAUAAACGUUGCAGUGCGGCCUGGA